AUGUAUGACAUAGGUGCGGCAUUCGAGUCCCUUUCCUUGGUGGACUUGGGUGAGCUUGUACCUAUCUUUGCAACAUUGACGGUUGUCGAUCCAUUUGAUGACGACACCUACAUGCAACCUCCCAUUGACGUUCCGUACCAGGAGCCAUUGUGGCUUGCUGCCAUGCGCUUGAGCGACUUCAUGGACGACACGGACUACAUGGAUGCUUCUUUCCCUCCACUUCCUUCGCCUCUCCUUCUUCUUUCCUCCGUUUUUGGUGCCCCUGUGGUUGUUGAUCCCAUGGACAUCAUUGAUGACAUGGACCUUAUUUUCUCUCCUCUUCCUUCGCCACUCCUUACUCCUCUUCCUUUCGCUCCUGGUGUCCCUGUUGUUGCAUCACCUGAACCUGUUCCUAUGUAUCUUGAUUCCGCUUCUCCUGUCAUUCCUCUUUUGCCCGCACCUAUGCCAUCACUUGAACUUCUUAUGCCACCAACAUCACCUCCACCCUCGCCAUCAUUGUCGUUGUCAUCAGGGGUGUCGUCAUUAUCACCAGCAUUCGUAUCAUCAUCGGCUUCAACCGUGCCUUAUGACGUGGAUGACUAUGAUGAUGAUUGA